AUAUGGGCGGCCUGGACAGCAUCCUGAGAAAUCCUCGGAAGGUGAAAUCAGUGUGGUUAUAAUAAUGUAGUGAACCUGAGACUUGGUGAAGUACACAAAAUUUCUCAAGCAUUGAGGAUUUGGAAAUCACAUCGAUGGAAAGAGGGCACAAUAAUACAAGAAGCCAUGGGAUGAAUGAGAGAGAAGACUAUGUUUCAAUUGAUAUUCAAGAAGAUUCUGACAUCCCACUGUUUGAUUCAAUGAGAGAAAUGAUAGAUGGCCUGCCUCCUCUGUCAAAUGAUUGUUGUAUCUAUAUAGUACCCAAGAGAAUGCGUGAAAUAAAUGAAAAUGCUUACGCACCUGGGGUGGUUUCCAUCGGUCCAUUUCAUCGCGGUAAAGAACACUUACAAGCCAUGGAAGAGUUUAAACCCAGAUAUUUUCAGUCAUUCCUUAAUCGUGCUGAUCAUCGCAUGACUUUGAAGAGUUGUAUAAGGGUGGCAAAGGAAUGGGAAGAAAGAGCUCGAAGUUAUUAUGCAGAGUACAUAAGACAUGCUAGGGGAGUGUUGGAAAUCCCCAAAUUUACUGUAAAUAACUCCACAGAAUCUUUAUUUAGAAACCUCAUGGCACUUGAGCAAUUUCAUUAUCGAUACAACAGCUACAUAAUUGAUUAUAUUCAAUUCAUGGAUGGCCUUAUUGACACUGCUAAAGAUGCCGAAUUACUUAUCCAAAAUGAAAUUUUGGAUAGCUACUUGAGCGAUUGUUCUGCCGUGGCAACUCUCUUUAAUAAUCUCACCAACGAAAUGAUAUUGUGGACUCCCAACUAUUUCUAUUAUGGUAUAGGUGAAAAAUUGAAUGAAUAUUGUAGGGAUCCGAAGCACAAGUGGAGGGCAACAUUUACAAGUGAUUAUUUGAGCACUCCAUGGAAAACUGCUUCAACCAUUGCCGCAGUGAUCCUGCUUGGACUUACUCUUAUACAAGCCAUAUGUUCUAUAGUCUCCCUUUAA